AUGGAUCGGACCAUAUACAGUAAUAGAAAAACACAACGAGCUUCCACAUCAUACUCGAAAUCAAGAACACCAUCGUCUGACGCAAACACGUCGUCCUCGUCAGCAAACCCAUCCUCGACCGAAACGCCCCGUCCGUCCGCCAGAGAAGGACCCAACGAGACAGGCGGCACGGGAAAUAUCUCCAGACUUCCCGAGGAAACGGAGAUGACCUCCGACGCCUCGGGCGAAACGGACAACACCGAGUCACUAUCGGAAAACACCUCAGACCAAUCGUCUGAGGGGCGAUCAUCCGAAAAACCCCACUCAGAGUCAUUAUCGGAAAGAAUCGGAUCACCCGGUCACUCCACAGACUCCACCACAAUACCCUCGACUAUAAGCGAUUUUAAAUCACAUUUUCGUAUCACAAGAGAAACUUUUGAGCUGUUGAUACAACAUAUAGGACCAUUUUUAUUGCAAAGAGACAAUUGUCCUAAAAUACUACCAGCUAAACAAAUUGCUAUAGCUUUGUGGAUAUUUGGCAAUCAAGAAGUUUACAGAUCCGUUGCAGACCGAUUUGGACUAUGCAAAGAUACUAUAUGGAAGUGUGUAUUUAAUGUGGCUUACGUACUGCAAGAACACGCUGAAAACUAUAUAAAAUGGCCACAGCAUUACGAAUUAUUACGUAUACAAGAGCAAUUUGCUGUUAUGAGCAAUUUUCCAGGUGUAGUAGGUGUCAUAGACGGCUGUCACAUUCCCAUUAGUGCUCCUAUUGAGCAUCCAAAUAGCUACAUUAACAGAAAAGGAUUUCAUUCGAUAAUACUACAAGGUAUUUGUGAUUAUAAAAUGAAAUUUAUCGAUGUUUUUACGGGAAUAUGUGGCAGUGUCCAUGAUGCACGAGUGUGGCGCUUAAGUGAUAUCAAAGACAUGAUUGACCAUGAUGUUGAAAGAUAUUUUCCACAAAAUACACAUUUGUUAGGUGACUCUGCGUACCCACUAUUACGAUAUAUGCUGAUUCCAUAUCGUGACAAUGGUCAUUUAAAUAAUACACAACGCAAUUAUAACACAAAAUUAUCAUCAACUCGUAUUACGAUAGAAAGGGCGUUUGGGAUGUUGAAAGGACGGUUUCGAAAAUUACGAUAUGUAUACGUCUACAAUACCGAAAUGAUACCUUUACUUGUAUUAGCAUGUUGUAUUUUGCAUAAUAUUUGUAUCGAUAACGAAGAUGAACCAUUUGAAGACAUUUUAGAGCCAAUGGAAAACGAAAAUCAUAAUGUUCUACAAGGUGAUGAAAAAAGAGAUAUUAUUGCACAGUUAAUAUAUUAA